GAGAGAAGAAACAGCCCGGGCACACAAAAAAUCAGCAAAAGCUUGGGAGGGGAAAGUCGAACAUUUCGCACCAGUCUUCUCAACAUCAAACAUUCGUUGCCCGCCUCCUGCGCGCUGCUCGCAUGGUCCCGCGGUUCGGCUCUGGUCAGGUCGUAGGAGCUAUCGUCGACGGAACACAGGAAACCCGCUAUGGAAGCGGGCGAGUCCGGACAUAGGCAAAGUGGAGUUCCAACUGCCAGUACUCUUAACCAUUUCGACGCGCGGCCCCGAGAACGCAUCGAGACGACUUACAGAGAAGGACCGACCAUGGCCACGGCGUCAUUGAUCAGUCCUAACACUCCUUACCAACAACAUCAACACCACAACUCGUUCAGCUCCGGCUACCCAUAUUCGGCCCCCAUCACAGGCAUGACGGGCAUGAUUUCGCCGGUCGAGCCCCGACGAACGUCAGCCGGCUCCGAGCCAGGCCAUGCCCACCGCCAGUCAUUGCCGUCCAUCUCGGAGGUGUUAUCGGACAGGAAGUCGCUCGGAUAUGUCCCUCAGCCAUCUUCAGCACCUGGCCACCCAACUCCAGGUCUACCAUCCUUCACGUCCGCACCGCCGCCCCGGCCACUUUCAGACAUCAUCAUCCCAGACAAGAGCUCAUCGCCAAGGGCCUUGCACCCAACGGUAUCAACAUAUCCGCGCACCGAGCCCCUCCCUGCCUUUUCUGAUCCCGCGCGACACGGGCUCUCGAGCCGGCCAAUGCCUCCACCCUUGAACACCUUCACUAGUCAGCAACCGUCGCCUCCCGUAAAGUUCGAGCAGCUUGAGGCCGAACAGAGGCAUGCUGAGGCCCAAUCCCUCCGAGACGGCCACCGUCCGCCGCAGCCGCCGCCACCGACGCAGCAACCGCAGCAGCAACAACAACAACAACAACAACAGCAGCAGCAGCAGCAGCAGCAGCAGCAGCAGCAACAGCAGCAACAACAACAACCGCCGCUCCCGGGUUUGUAUCCGGAAACCGGAAGACUCCCAUCUGGCCAGCUGCCCUUGUCGGCGUACCCGGUCUCUCCUCGGCCAUCAGGGCCGCCGCUGUCAUCGCCGUACGACGCACAGCGACCUCCCGCAUAUGCGGAGGAAGCCGAGUAUGCGCAUCAUCGCCCGUCGGAUUACAAGGCAAACUUCGACAAGCACUUCCAAGUCAACGGCUACCAGGAUGCUCUGCAGGCGAUCAUGCGCUCCUGCCGCACAGGCUACAACUUCGCUGAAGCGUAUGCCGCGGCGGCGCAGGAACAACAAGGCUCGCAACCGUUACCGUCUAGGAUGCCGACCGAGAACGAAGUGAGCGAGCUUCUUAGCAGCCUCGUUUUCGCGCUCAAGAAGCUCGAAGACGUGCGGGACAUGGUCCAGCAGAAUCGGAUCCAGAACGAGCGCGCGCGUGACAGCAACGGCCGCAGCCCAGAGACCGAGGACGUUCCGAUGUACGGCGACGGGAUGAAGCCGCCUUACACGAUGCACGAAGUCAAGAAGCGCCGAGGGGUGAGUUUCUUUUCUCUUUCAAACUUGUCCUUCCUCGACAAUCAUACAGAGGGAAAAAAAAAGGGGGGGGGGGAAUACACAUGAUGCUAACUAUCCGUCCAAAACAGCGCGCCGCUCCUCCCGGCCGGUGCCACAGUUGCAACAGGGUG